AUUUCUUACAUCUUUCUCUCUUUUUCAUUCUCUCUCCUAUUUCUCUCUUCUAACUUUCUCUUCUUAACCAAAGAUACCCUUAACAAAUUUUAUUUACGUGUCACCCAAAUUCAAAACACCUUACACAAUAGCGUUUCGCAAAUCUAUAUCUCCCUCGUUAACCACCACUAACAUCGCCGUCGUUACCAUGGAAGGAGGAGGCGGAGGAACGCUCUCGGAAGUUCACCAAAGUGCAAAGAAGCUGUUGCUCAGGUGCCGCGACGGCCUCGAACGCCUUGAGCGUCUCGAGCACUCCACCUCUACCUCCGCUGCCGUUGCCGGCGUUGAUUCGGAGCUUUCAUUUACAGUAAAGAAGGAUAUCAAUCAGAUUCAAUCGCUCUGCGUUGAGAUGGAUAGGCUUUGGCGUUCUGUUGCUGCCAAACCUCAACGAGAUCUCUGGAAAAGAAAGGUUGAACAAAUAGCUGAAGAGGCUGAAUCACUGAAAGAAAGUUUGGAUAAAUAUAACUCAAGGAGUCAGAAACGGUCUAGAGAAGCUAAAGAGAGAGCAGAACUGCUGGGACGAAUGAAUGGGGAUUCUGCUCAUGUUUUGAGAAUUUACGACGAUGACACACAAGCAAUGCACUCAGUUCGCAGUUCUGCCAGGGAGCUUGAAAAUGCUAAUGCUCUCGGGGAAGCGAUUCUUUCCUCAAUACAUGGCCAAAGGGAACGCUUGAAGAGUGCACACCGAAAGGCAUUGGACGUCCUGAAUACAGUAGGGAUAUCGAACAGAGUUCUGAGAUUAAUUGAGAGACGAAACCGGGUUGACCAAUGGGUCAAAUAUGCAGGAAUGCUAUUGACUGUUGUUUUCUUGCUUGCCUUUGUUUUGUGGAGACGAUGAACAGUCAGAUGUUGGAGAAAUUUAGUGUUUCUUAUGUAUUUGUGAAAAUUAUAUAUAAAAGUAAGAUACUCUCUUCUUCCCCAAGUAUAUGUCGCUCUAGUACUUUAUA